AUUUCGUUAUCUUGUUUCGGAUUCCACCAUAUAACCUUUCUUCAUUUUUAUUUUUGUUAUCCUCCUUCCUCUCUGUGUCCCUCUCUGCCCAACUAUUCUCUCCUCCAAAUUCCAAUCAUGGCUGAUCCUUUUUCCAAUCACUUCAAUGGAUGGUAUAAUCUAAACCAUCUACACCACUUGUCUUCCUCCUCAUCUUCUUCCAAUCCAUCUUUAUUUGCAUCCUAUGGCUGCAAUAUAUUCUCAGACACCAUCAUCAAUAACAACAACAGCCACUCUUUCACUCACUACCAAUAUUCCUCGUCACCUCCCUCUCCUCCUCUCAGAGAAGCUCUCCCACUCCUCAGUUUAUACCCAACAACGCAUGAAGACCAGCAGGAAUCCUCGUGCAGUGCCAUGGAAAUAGACAAGAACAAAGACAAAGAAGGAAGCCAGCUCUUUGAUGACGAAGCUGUGACUGUGGCUUUGCAUUUAGGGCUUCCUAGUCCUACCUCUGCUGAUUUAAUCUCAAGCCUAUCCUCUACUGAGAUCUCUUCAGAUAAAGAAGAAGUUACCGUUGCCUCUGGAUAUCAGACAAACAGUCUUAACAAGGGUCAGUAUUGGAUUCCUACCCCUGCUCAGAUUCUGAUUGGUCCAACCCAGUUUUCAUGUCCUCUUUGCUUCAAGACCUUCAACAGAUACAAUAACAUGCAGAUGCACAUGUGGGGGCAUGGAUCUCAGUAUCGGAAAGGGCCAGAGUCUCUGAGAGGAACACAGCCAACUGCAAUGCUUAGGCUCCCUUGCUAUUGCUGCGCACCAGGAUGCAGGAACAACAUUGAUCAUCCAAGAUCAAAACCUCUCAAAGAUUUUAGAACCCUUCAAACCCAUUACAAGAGAAAGCAUGGGAUCAAGCCUUUCAUGUGCGGAAAAUGUGGCAAGGCUUUUGCUGUUAGAGGUGAUUGGAGAACACACGAGAAGAACUGCGGGAAGCUUUGGUAUUGCACUUGUGGAUCUGAUUUCAAGCACAAAAGGUCUCUCAAAGAUCACAUAAAGUCAUUCGGGCAUGGCCAUGCAGCUUACGGUAUUGAUUCUUUUGAAGAAGAAGAAGAACCAGCCUCUGAAAUUGAGCAAGAUAAUGAAUCCACACAGUGAGAUAUGACAUUUCUCCAAACUCUAACCAUAGUUUGGGUUGAUAUUGUUUUACAAAACUGUAGCCUCUUAAAGUAAGAACCCAUUAAGCAUUAGAGUUGAAUACUCUGAAAGCAAUGGCCCCUUAUUGUUUUCACUUCCUUUUUCUUUUCUGCUUCCUACCUUUCCCACGUUAGAAUUUUGCUUAUUUUGCGGACUUGUGAAACAUAAAUGGUAGACCAAGUUGCUUUCUUUCUAGGCCAA